AUGGCUAUUGCGACAGUAGAAGCUUCGCCUCUGUCUCCAACUGGAAAUUCCCGCGAUGUAUUCCGAAAAAACAAUCGUAAUGUAUCAUUUAAUACUACACCAGCAGCUAUAUCGAUCGAUACAAAGUCCCAUACUAUUCCUUCAACGACUUCGUCGUCCCAACAGCAGCCCAUGCGACUCAGGCGUCGCAGCAGUCAAGGAUCUGUAGUAACUAUGCAGAAUAGUGUCCCUAAGAUUGGUCCACAACGAACGACCAAAAAAACGCAGAAGCUCAAGCUCCUACCCAACCCUGAGUUUGGAGAAGAUGGUCCAGAUGAAGAGAGCGGGAGGGAUGUCUAUUCACAAUACACACGAAUCAAAGAUCCUACUGCUCGUCGAGAUGCCGCAAGAUUGGGAAAAUCAGAUCGCGACCGUCUACCUCGGGUAACUGCAUACUGUACCGCCAGUAAAUAUCAACUUGAAAACAUGAUGCGAUUCCUUAAAGGUCGAGGAGCGGCGAGAGGUGCAAAUCCAAAGUUGGUAGACGAAUGUAUUUAUACACCGUUUGAGUAUGAUCGACAGAGUAACGAUGAGGUUCAGCCUACACCAAUCGACCCUUACGGAAAGAGUAGUCCUGGUGCUAUCAUUGAUGACAGCAAUAAGAGUUCAAAUCGAAGGGGCGAUCUGAUUGAUUUGCGCAAUGAGGGCGAUUCCAGUCAUAAUAAUAGAGAGAAUGGCACAAGCAAUAACUCGGAUCGAAAUCAUACCGAAGUAAUCACAUCGGAAAAUAGUCCGGACUUCGACACACAGGUCCACACUCCCGAGGUGUUUUUAUUCGAUUACGGAGUUGUUGUAAUAUGGGGCAUGUCGCUACAGCAUGAGCAGCAAUUUUUGAAAGAAAUAGCAAAAUUUGAAGAUGAAAAACUAGCACCUGACGAUGUGGAAACCGAAUGUUUCAAUUUCUACUAUACCCGAGAAUACCAAGCCCGCAUCUACAAUGACUUUAUCACGCUAAGGGACAAAGGUGCAUAUAUGACAAAGCUCGCUAUAUCGCAUGCUCUAGCUCAAAGUGUAAAGACAUCAAUGUUCGAAGAACUAGUUGAUAACACCAUCGAGGCAUGCAAAGAUAUUCCGGGUCAGAUCGCAACGACGGGUAAAAUAGCCCUAAGCCGAACUCAAAUCAACAUGCAAAUAGGAGAGCUUUUUAUACUUCGUAUAAAUAUACAUUUAAAUGGAUCAGUCUUGGAUACUCCUGAGAUAUUUUGGUUGGAACCGCAAUUAGAGCCCGUUUAUCAAGCUGUGCGCAGCUACCUAGAAAUGGAUCAGCGAGUAAGCCUACUCACUGAUAGAUUGGAUGUUAUUGCAGAUCUACUAGCUGUACUCAAGGAUCAAUUGAGUCAUGGUCAUGGUGAAAUGCUUGAAUGGAUUGUAAUUGUUCUCAUUGCGGCUGAAAUACUUGUUGCUGCUGUCAACAUAAUUGUGGAUAUUUAUGCAGGCUUGGAUUAA